UCCUUGCAGCACCUAGUGAAGUCCUUAGAUCACUUGUGGUUGUGAAGUCAUGGGGAUGAAGUCGACUGCUCUCUGCUUUGUGGUGCUGGCCUUGCUUGGCAGCCUUUGUGAGGCUCAGUACGCUAAACCUCAAAAACCCCAAGCCCCAACCAAACAGAGGCCUCAGGACCCCCAACAGCAAAAGCAGACUUUUGAAAAAGAACUCGACUGGAAAUAUCCUACAGAUCCCCAACCUGAGCCUAAAGUUGAAGUUCCUUUUGAGCAGAGGUUUCCUAUAGCUGCCUCAACUGUUGCUGUUGAGUGCAGAGAGGACAUUGCUCAUGUGGAAGUCAAAAAGGACAUGUUUGGGAUCGGACAGUUCAUCGAUCCGGCUGACCUUACCCUGGGAACCUGUCCUGCUGUCGCAGAAGAUACUGCUGCUCAAGUGUUGAUUUAUCAAUCUGCGCUUCAUGAAUGUGGGAGCUCUCUCAUGAUGUCAGGGGAUUUCCUUAUCUACACCUUCACUCUGAACUACAACCCAAGAGCUAUGGGCAGCUCUCAAGUGGUGAGGACCAGCCAGGCUGCUGUCAUCGUGGAAUGCCACUACCCAAGAAAGCAUAAUGUGAGCAGCCUUCCACUGGAUCCCCAUUGGGUCCCAUUUUCUGCAGUUAAGAUGGCAGAGGAGUUCCUGUACUUCUCUUUGAAACUCAUGACUGAUGACUGGAUGUAUGAGAGGCCAAUCUACCAGUAUUUCCUUGGAGACUUGAUCCGUAUAGAGGUUGCCGUGAAGCAGUACUUCCACGUACCUCUUCGCGUUUAUGUGGAGAGAUGUGUGGCUACCCUUUCCCCCGACUCAAACUCAAGCCCCAGAUAUGCCUUUAUUGAGAACAACGGGUGCAUGCUUGAUGGCAGGAUCACAGGCUCUGACUCAAAGUUCAUGGCUCGCACUGAACAGAACAAGCUUCAGUUCCAGUUGGAGGCCUUCAGGUUCCAGAGUGCUGACAGUGGGAUGCUCUACAUUACCUGCCACUUGAAAGCAACAUCUGCUGCCUAUCCUAUUGACGCUGAACACAGAGCCUGUUCUUACAUGGCAGGGAGCUGGAGGGAGGCCAGUGGAAUUGACCCCGUUUGUGGCACUUGUGAAUCUGGUAAUUUUGAGGUAUACACCAGUACAGGGGUUGUCCCUGGCACUACAAAUGUAGGUGGAGGAACAGGAGGUACUGGAGCAUCAAAUCCUAUGGUACCUGGAGGAAACAGGAAAGUUCGUGAUGUGUCCCAGGCUGAUGUUUUUGAAUGGGAAGGUGACGUCACUCUCGGCCCCAUCCCUGUUGAGGAAGGGAAGGUCUCUGGGACAAAGGCUUAAGAGAAUUUUCGGUUGAGGCAAUGAUCAUUGAAAUAAAGAUUAUCAUUGGUUCAUAAUGUUGGAUGUCAUGCUCUUGCCUUUCAGUGGUAAAAAUGCUUAAGCUAGGAAUGAAAACUUGCUUGCUCUGUGGCAUCACUACAGAAAAAAAAGUAACACAAACAAUAUGAAAAAGGAAAGAAACCACAGCUCUUUAAGAGCAAAGAGAAACUCAUAUGACACAACCUUCUGUGGAAUGAAAAUGUCACAUUAGAUUGUAACUCUUAACAUUUGGUGGAAAUAAAAAGUGCAAUUAUAUGAAAAGUCUGAGUUACUCUCUGGGAUCUGGUGAUGGGGCAGUGGUUCAGUGGAGGGGGAAAACUGGGGUAUAUUUCCUGCUACUAAAAGUCUUUGAAGCACUUAUACAUUUAAUAGCAACAAAGGGAAUAACUAUAACAUCAUAAAGUAAAUUAAUCUUCGAAAACCCAGAAUCUUAACAGUUUCAUAAUCAGCGAGUCUGCUAUGCCUAAUGUAACAAUUUUACAACAAACUCUGUGACUGAACAGUUGCAAUGUAAAGGUCAUACCCCCUAAAAUAAACGUUGUCAUUUUCACUGUGUGGCCAAAGUGAAGAAAAAAACGUACAAUUCUCUUGUUUUACAUGUCGUAUCAGGUCGGACAGGUUUUGCUUGGUAUCUACUGACCUCAUUAGGCCCAAACUGCAAACUGCACUGAGCAGGUUCAGCACCACAAGCGGUGAACAGCUACACACACACUGCGGUUCUCAGUGCAGCAGGAGCCAGUUCAGGCCAUUAAAAAAUCCAUUUCGAUAAAACAAAGUAAAAGGUAAAACCUACCUAAGUAAACAUAUAAGUUUAAAUGUGAAAAUAAUUCAACUGCUUUUUACUUUAGAUUCUUACCACAUCUGCUGUGAAAAUACAAAAACAAAAAAAAAAUGCUACAUGAUAAACUCUUUUUCAGAUGUUUGUUGCUUCAAAUCCUAUUACUUGUUUCACUGCUCCUCUAAUGGCAUAAUGCUAUUCAUACAAGUUUUGUGCAUCUAUCUAUAUGGUUUCUACAGUGUGACAUAAAUGAACCUGUAAUAUCUGCUUAUGAUAAUGAAGCAAAAUUAACACUGGGCUCUAAUCAUUUUAAAAGACCAGUAGGACCCACACACCGCCACAGAAACCCCCUUAAAAUGUGUACACACGUAUUCUGGGGAAGCCCUUGACAUCACACAGGACAUGUGCUAGCUCGAGCUAGGGGGCCACAAAAUUCUCUGGUUGGGAAUUUUUCUUUGUCAGCGCGCACGUUACGCUGGAAACAUCUUUCUAUUUCUUUUAAACCAAAGCCUCGCUACGCGGUUCUGUCUGCAUCCUCCCAGCUCACACACGGCAACAACACUGACGUUGCAUCGUC